UCUCCAAAAAAUUAUAGGCGCGCUCCCAAUUCCCAAAUUGUGAAUGAAAGAAUGAAAGAUGGAUAUUGUGAUACCCAUCUUGUUCUUCUCUCACUCCGACUCCGACUCAAAUAUUCUCCGACUCAUACCCAUCGACUCCGACUCAGAUCUUCUCCUCUGCUCCUAUUAAUUCAUCGAGUUAUUUGAAUUUCGAGCUAUUGAGAUUUUCUUUCGGAAAGAUGAUGUUGAUUUAAAUCUACCCCCGUGCUCCGACACCAAGGUCGCCAGGUUCGACGGCUUCAGCUUCGGGAUCGCCUUCGCCUCCCGUUAUGGCUCUAACUCCACCUUCCAGUUGUCUCCGUGCGACACUAGACUCUCGCCCUCUCCGUCAACUCCUCUUUCGCUCCGGAUAAUUAUGGGGAACAUAUGGUUGCUUUUGCUGGGCAUAAAUAUGCUGCAAGGUCUACUGCGGCUUUUGUUGCCAAUAGUACCUACACUGUCACCAGCUUUACUCUUGUGCUUGAGUUCACCAAGGGCAGGCUCCAGCACCUGCAUUGGAAAAUGGAUGGGUGCGUCAAAUGUUCUGGGAGCUCCAGCUUCGUUUGUCUGCACAAUCGGGACUGUGCAAUCAAGACAAACAGCUGCAAAACCCAUGGAGGCACUGUGGAUUGCAGCCUCAGGAUACAAUUGGCAUUUUCUGGGACGGAUAAGCACCUAUCCGUUCUGAACUCAUGGUUGCUUUUCAUAUAUCCAGUGCAAGGAUUAGCUGGAGACAACGAAGAAGGAUCGACAGAUAAACGAUUGGCUUUUUGUAUUUCUGGGUCUGGAUGCUCUGGAUCUGCUCAAUAGCAUCGCUCAAUCUCCAUAUGACCAAGACAAGUGCCUCAGCCUCAUGAAUUCAUUGCGAGAAUGCGUCCUCAAUAAGGUCACCCAAUCCCUCUUUCUCUCUUAAUUCACACUCGUUUCUGUGAAUCUGUGCUUGGUUUGUUUCUCAUUGAAUUUGAUAUCUGUGAGAAACCCAGUAAUUUGAUUAAACUAGUGACACAGAAUUGGGUAUGUUCUUGGGUUAUGAGUUGGAAUUUUAUAUAUUUUGAGUGUAUUUGAUUGCAGAAGGGCUGAAACCCAGAUUGAGAUUUGUUCAAGGCCAGAUAUUUAUGCUUAUUUUGCCUUGGAAAGUUUAAAGCUUGAUUUAGAUUCAUGAAGUUGAUAUGAUAUAUAUGCCUAUUUCUGUACUGGUAAUAACCAAUUUAAUCAUGGAUCGAAUUGCUUCGUGGUUCCGGUUUGUUACUGUGUAAUGUCCUACUUAACCUAGAUUAUGGCUUGCAUAGUCCAGGUACAAGCUUUGCUGCUGUGAAGUUAUCAAAGGAUCAAGCACCAA